AUGCGUAAAAACUACAAGAAACGACAGAAUGUUCAAGUAAAAGAGAAAGCAGGUUCAACAAAUGAAGCCAGCGUUGUUUCAUUGCAAAAUGAAGUCAAAGAAUUGCGUGAAACGGUGAACGAACUCUCGAAAUUCAAAGAAAUUAUAAAGAAUUACGAAUCUAAGAUCAAAUCUUUGGAGAGUGAGAAUUCACAAUUACGUCAAGAACAAGCUCAUAUUACAAACAAAAAUAACGAGUAUAAAAAGAUACUCCAUGCUAAAGUUAAAAACCUACAAAUGGAAGUACAAAGUAAAGAGUCUGAAAUCAAGGAAAAGUCCGCACUUUUAGAUAAAGAAAAAGAUGAAAACGAAAAAUUAAGGGAUGCUUUGAAGGAUACACUUCAGAAAACUAUUGGGAAGGCUGAAAAAAUAGAAAUAAAACCUUCUUAUAACCCACAACUUGAUCCUCAACCCACUACGCAAAGCACACGAAAUGAACUUAAAGCGAUGAAGGAUCACCACAUGAACUUGACUAGUUUUGUACAUCGUGAACUGGAACCAUUUUUGUUAUGUUUCCGGGAGUUCAAAGAGCUACUAAAGUACGAUCGUAGAGCGCUGACUAUAGUAUCCAAAGCUAGUAAUAUAGCAUAUGCAAUUUUAUAG